AAACCAAACAAUUUAAUGGGCCACAAUAAAUUUAUAAAACUUUGCAAACUAUCGUCGUAAGAUGUUUAUCGGCAAAUAUUUCGAAAAUUGCCUCGUUAUUUUUAAUCUAACGGUCACAAAUCUCAACACAAAGUUAUCACUAACGAAUUAAGACAAGCAUAGACGUUAAUAAAUAAGCUUAACAGGAAGAUAAGUAUUGAACUGAUGGUACCCUGAAUGAUCAUAAUAAACAUGGAAUUAGUUACAAAUUUACAGAUUUAAAAACUCGUUGUUAAUUUUACUUCAGUAGAAUUUGUCCAAAUAUAUUAAAAAUAUAAAUAUAAUAACAGUUUAUAUUAUUACAUACAACUUACAAGUUAAGUAACAAUGUUUUCAAGACGUACAAAAAUACUAGUUGGACAGUUUAGAGAUCUAAAGAGAUUCAAGAAAUAUCACAAACUGAGCUACAUCCAUAAUCCUGGAACAGAUUGUCUUAGACCUCUAACUGUGGGUAAAAUACUAGAAGAUGCAGCGGACAGGUUUGGCGACCGUUUAGCUAUUAAUGCCAGAGCCCAGGGUCAAAAGCUGACAUUUCAAGAGGUCCUCCACCAAGCCGAUAAGUUAGCUGCUGGACUAAGACAAGUAGGUUUAAACCCCGGCGAUAGGAUUGGAAUUUGGGGACCGAAUUUGUUGGAAUGGUAUUUGACGCAUAUGGCCUGCGCUCGAGGUGGUUAUAUUCUGGUUAACAUUAAUUCUGCUUAUCAGCCUUCAGAACUGGAAUACUGCAUUAAUAAAGUAGGAGUUAAAUGUAUCAUCAGCGAUUACAAAUUUAAAACUCAAAACUAUUACGAUUUUCUGAAUGAAAUAUCUCCGGAAAUAUCUACUAGUGAACCUGGCAAAUUAAAAUGUACACGUAUGCCCACUCUGGAAAAUAUAAUUGUAAUUACAGAAGAGGACUUGAGAGGAGCCUUCAAGUUCCAAGAAAUUCUUGAUCUAGCAACUGAUUCCAGAGUAAAAAAUGCAUAUGCUCUACAAGAUUCUAUAGAUCCAGACCAGCCGUGCCAUAUACAAUUUACGUCAGGCACUACUGGACAACCGAAAGCUGCAAUACAGAGUCAUUUCCAUUUAGUAAACAAUUCGUUCUUCUUAGGAAAGCGAAAUGAGCUCGAUCGGAAACAGCACAGCAUUUGCGUUCAGGUGCCAUUUUUCCAUGCUUUUGGUACCGAUAUUACCAUAUGUGCCGCUUUGAACCAUGGAGCGACAUUAGUGGUACCAUCUCCUGGUUAUGAUCCUGAUAAAUCUUUGGACGCCAUUCGAGACGAAAAAUGCAGUGUUAUACAUGGAACACCAACAAUGUAUGUAGACCUAAUAAACAGACAAAAAGUAAGAAAAGAGGACAUUAGCCCAGAAAUUGCUGUUUGUGGGGGUGCAUCGUGUUCACCACAUUUGUUUCGACAAAUGAGUGAAUUAUUAAAAGUUAAGAAAGUUAAGUCAAUAUAUGGUUUAACGGAAGCCACAGCAGUUAUAUUUCAGUCAUUAUACGAUGACAAUGAAUAUCAGUCAACAUCUACUGUUGGAUAUAUUGGUGACCAUUUAGAAGCAAAAGUCAUCAACGAAGAGGGAAAAAUAGUUCCUAGAGGAGUCCCAGGUGAACUUUGCAUUAGGGGAUAUUGUACGACAUUAGGAUAUUGGGAUGACGAAGAUAAAACAAAAGAAUUAAUUAGUUCUGACAAAUGGCUUAGGACAGGAGAUCAAUUUGUCAUCGAAGAAAACGGAUAUGGCAAAGUUGUGGGUAGAUUAAAAGAACUUAUAAUAAGAGGUGGAGAAAAUAUAUUUCCUAGGGAAAUUGAAGAUCUUCUUAAUACACAUCCCGAUAUUUUAGAAAGUCAUGUAAUUGGCCUCCCCCAUGAACGACUAGGUGAAGAAAUAUGCGCUUGUGUACGAACAACCGGUACGUCGUUAUCACUAGAAGAAAUAAAAGCGUAUUGUAAAGGAAAAGUGGCAUAUUUCAAGAUUCCCUCAAUAUUAAAAAUCGUAGAAUCAUUUCCCAAAACCACAUCGGGAAAAAUUCAAAAGUAUAAACUUGUCAAUCUUUUUAAAGAUAGAAAAUAAAAUUAUCUUGAUGUACUAAUUGACAAAACUGA